CCCGCGGUGCGUGUGGGCGGCGGGCGGUGUGGGCGCGGCGUGUGCGGCAGGCUGGGCUGCACCGCAGCGCAUACACUACAAUGGCUGCUGGAAAGACGGGAAAGCAAACAAUUUCCAGGCCCGCCGCGUCCAGCCCGAAAUAUGGGGAAAAAAUUACAGAAAAAUCGGAGAACACUGUAAAGGGUGGAAACGGGGCGCAGAGGGGAUGCUGAGGCUCCCGCGACCAGUAAAAAUGGGAAGUACUGGAUUCUGGUUUCCUCCAAGAAGAGUCAGCGGAACUGGUUAAGACCAAAAUCUGAGGACUUUAGUGGGCAGACAUCAGUCCCCUUUUGCUUUCUUUUACGACCACAUGAAACUUGAGAAGCCAUCUAAAGCUAAAUCAUUUAGUGGAGUUGGGCAAUUCCCAAGUGUCCAACAAGAAGGCCUGGUUUAGGCUGCGAUGGCCACUGUCAUUCCUGGUGAUUUGUCAGAAGUAAGAGAUACCCAGAAAGUCCCUUCAGGGAAACGUAAGCGUGGUGAAACCAAACCAAGAAAAAACUUUCCUUGCCAACUGUGUGACAAGGCCUUUAACAGUGUUGAGAAAUUAAAGGUUCACUCAUACUCUCACACAGGAGAGAGGCCCUACAAGUGCACACAACAAGACUGCACCAAGGCCUUUGUUUCUAAGUACAAAUUACUAAGGCAUAUGGCUACUCAUUCUCCUGAGAAAACCCACAAGUGUAAUUAUUGUGAGAAAAUGUUUCACCGAAAAGAUCACCUAAAGAAUCACCUACAUACACACAAUCCCAACAAAGAGGCCUUUAAGUGUGAAGAAUGUGGAAAGAACUACAAUACCAAGCUUGGGUUCAAACGUCACCUGGCUUUGCAUGCUGCAACAAGUGGUGACCUCACCUGUAAGGUAUGUUUGCAGACUUUUGAAAGCACAGGAGUGCUGCUGGAGCACCUAAAAACUCAUGCAGGCAAGUCAUCGGGUGGAGUGAAGGAGAAAAAGCACCAGUGUGAACACUGUGAUCGUCGGUUCUACACCCGAAAGGAUGUCCGCAGACACAUGGUAGUGCACACUGGAAGAAAGGACUUCCUCUGUCAGUACUGUGCACAGAGAUUUGGGCGGAAGGAUCACCUCACGCGCCACAUGAAGAAAAGUCACAACCAAGAACUUUUGAAGGUCAAAACAGAGCCAAUGGACCUUCUAGAUCCCUUUACCUGCAAUGUUUCUGUGCCUAUUAAGGAUGAGCUGCUUCCAGUGAUGUCUUUACCUUCCAGUGAACUGACAUCAAAGCCAUUUACAAACACUUUGCAAUUAAAUCUCUACAACACUCAGAUUCAGUCCAUGCAGAGUUCUGCAUCUGCACACCAAAUGGUUGCCACAUCGUUACCAUUGGGAAUGCCUUGUCCAAUAGAUAUGGAGUCUGUCCACCCUUCUCACCAGCUAUCGUUGAAAUAUCCGCUCGGUACUACCUCAUACUCAGUUUCUAUGCCUGAAAAAGAACAGCCAUUGAAAGGGGAAAUUGAAAGUUACUUAAUGGAGUUGCAAAGUGGUAUGCCUUCUUCAUCCCAGGAUUCUCAAGCAUCUUCAUCAAAACUAGGGCUGGAUCCACAAGUAGGGCCGCUGGAUGAUGGGUCUGGGGAAGUUUCCCUUUCCAAGGGCUCCGUUCCCAUUAGCGAACCUCUAAAUGCCCCAUCAUUGGACUUUUCUCAGCUGUUCAACUUCAUACCUGUAAACGGCCCUCCCUACAAUCCUUCUGUUUCAGUGGGAAACCUCGGGAUGAGUUACACGCAAGAGGAGGCACAUUCUUCUAUGACUCAACUUCCACCACAAACCCAGGAUCCACAAGAUCCUAGCAAUAGUAUAGGCCUUGGGUCUCUGCACUCAUUGUCAGCAGCUUUCACAAGCAGUCUAAGCACAACCACCACCCUACCACGAUUUCAUCAAGCUUUCCAAUAGGAUGUACAAAGCUGGCUUGUUAACUGUCUAUUUGUAGAAAUGCCUUAGGUGACCAUUUUUAACUUAGUGCCUACUAUGAGACACUAUAAAUUCUCUGCUUUUGUACAGUACCAAUCUCAUGAAGCCAGUAAGAAAUUUAAAUUAACUUUUUUAAAAUGUUUUGAAAGUGUUUAUUCUCAGCUGUGUUUACUUUGGUUUGUUGGUUUUUUUUAAACAGUCUCGCUGUAUUGUUUUCAUUUUCACUGCCAAUUCACACAUUUAAAAUGUUCAGUAGAAAGUCAUCCCAAGCAAACUCUCAACACUCAUCCCGUUUUUAAAACUUUUUCAACCAUACCAGCUAUUCUGUUUUAUUGAUGUCAGUGGUAGAACUGCCACUUUUACCUUUUAAUAUAUUUUACUAUUUGCAAAUAAUCCAUUUAAAAUAUGUAUCAGAAAGAUUCCUGAGAUUUGGAAAAAAAUUCUCCAGUCUGUUUCCAAACAAAUCCUCUUCCCAAAUGGUGACACAUCUGACCUGUUCUAUAAUGACAAAUCUAAAUUUUUUUAAAAAAUAUAGAAUUCAGAUUUUUCUGAAAACUUGUGUGUGUAUAUAUAGAAGUCCAUAUAUACACAUGUACAUAUAUAUAGCAUUUUGACUUGUAUUGAAGUCAUUAUAAAAGUUGUUAAGAAUUUUGCCAUUUUCUGGCUUAAAUUUUGGUGGCCUGUUAUGGAUAACAGAAGAAAAACAAUUAGCGUAAUUCUCUAAAAUUAGGGCUGAACAGAAUUUCGACAGAGAAUCUCUGCUUGCCUAAAUGACAGAUGUUUCAAGUUGAAUUUGAAACUGUGUUGUUGUGCUUUCGUGACUCUGGUAUAGGGAAAACAGGCAAAAUUAAUGGCUGAUCUUGAAAUAUAAAAGUGUUGUAACGUAGUAAUGCAGAAUAUUUUGUCGCAGUUUUUGUUUUAAUUCUUAACUUGCUGUUUUUUUCUCUUUAGUAGCAUAGAAAGAGUACUGCAUAGGAACCCUCCAGUAGUGUGUUCACAUUUGUAGGCAUCAGCCUUCUCCCCGCUGCCACCGCCAAAGGGUGGAUCAAGUCCAGCCAGAAAGUGUGUACCUAUUUUCAGUUCAAAACUAGUGUGCAAGUCAGAAAGUGAAUGUAAAUUUGCAACUACCAGUUUGUUUUGUUUUUAUUGGAGUGAUCUUUUCAGUUGUGUUACAUGGUGUGUUAUGUCCUCCUAAGCAACAAGUUAGAUGUUAAUCACACUUUCUACACCUGGGUACUUGGUUAGGGACUUUUUGCCCAUUGCCAAGAUUUAAAGACAGGACUCUUAGGAGUGAAGUAAAAGCAUAUUGCUUACACCACUUUUACCUAAUGCAAUAUAUUCUAUUCCCCAACCCCUAAUAAUCAAAAGAGGAAAAAAAAAACCCUAAAAAAACAACCAACCCUGUGAUGCAGAAAAGCAAACUAGAUUUGCUGUAAUUCAACAAUAACAUUAUUUUCCUUGUCAUUUUUGUACAAGGAAUUAAAAAAUGGAAAUCAAGUACAUUAGUAUCUCUCAAACAAUAAUGAGGAUUCAUACAAGGUUUUAAGUGGUUAAACUAAAUAUACUUCACAGAAACAAAAGUUGCUCCCAUUUAAGGAGCUCGUGCUCCACAUGUUUUAUCAGUAGCUCCUACUGGUUUUUUUUAAUGCUAGGAGCAAUAUGCAGGUGUAGUUUUACUAUUUUAUACAUAUGUGUAUUUAAAUUUUAUUACUGAAAAAUAACAUUUUUAUAAAUGUGUUUGUGUUCCAAAGGCAUUAAAAUAAGGAUGCAUUAAUAAGGAAAAUACCUUUUGAAAUUCUGCAGACUACUCCUAGAUUUUGGGUUUAGGAGCACGUUAUCUCAAAGUGGGCAUUUAGCUCUGCUUCACAACUGCUUCCUCUGGUUUCUGUGAAACAGAUUGCUCGCUUCCUUACAUCUUUAGUUGAAUGAUUUGUUCAAUAUUGCUUUUUUUCCAUUCAUCUUUCUAAAGGAAAGAAAAACACAGAUGAACAGAGCACAAGCUGAAUGCAACCGAAUGUAACUCUAGUUUAUAUGAACGACCGUAACGCAUCUAAGAAAAACUUGGGUUUAUUCUCAGUCCUUUUAAUCUGAGGUGAAGAUAAAUGGACUUAAUUCCCCCGGUGGGUUAUGUCCCAUGUGGAGCCGAGCGUUUGUGAUCCUCCCUGCAGCAGAGGAGAGCUGCGAGCGCUUGGCAUCUCCUGUAGCUGGCCCAGCACUGUGGCCGGGCAGCGCUGCCCUCCCUGGGCAGCCUCUGGCACACAAAUUUCCAGUCUGGAGCCGCUUGUUAUCAGCCCCAGCUGCCAAAAGACUUCAUAAAAAACAAAACCCACGGACACUUUGCCAACGCCCGUUUCUUAGUGCGUAGCCAGAACCCUUACUACUUUGUUCGUGCCUUAGCUUCCUGAAAAGGGAUUGACAUUUCACUUGGAGUUAGAUGUACAUUUCACUUGAGAAAUAGAGACCUCAGACAAGAUAUUGAACCUCAUUCAGUCAGGGUUUCAGUGGGUGGCUGCACCCAGAGUGUUUGCAGCUGAGCUAGGAUGUAGGGUAACAUGGAAGCAGACUGACCCUUUAAGCAAUACCAACACCACCAGAGUGCUUUUGAGCAUCGCUUAGGCGGAGUCAAUAUUGGCCACUACUAAACCAUCAGUUUUUAAAACCCCGUUUUCUUGAUUUCCCAUGGAUUCUUGGUGGGAGGGGGGAGGGCUGGCUGAUCAUGCACCACUCUUUGUGCAACUUCUAAACUUCUAGUAAGGUUGUUUUGUUGUUGUUUUUUUUUUUUUUUUUUAAUAUAUAUUUUUUUUGGUGUACUUGUUGCUUGUGCUUUAUUUAGUAGUAAAUUGUGGAAUAGAGUGAUUUAUUGUUAAUUUGGCAGUAGCGGUUUUUAAAAACCAUAUACUGACUGAAACAUGAGCCAGAGCUGAUUGCUUUAUUAAGCUAAUAAUGAAUGUUAAGAGUACAUAUUUUCAGGAUCAUUUGCCUAGUGAGCUAAACUUGUAUUAUAGGCCAAUAUUUUUUAAAAUAAAGCUUGGUCAACCUCUAUGUUACACAUAUUACAAGAUAUAGCACUUUCAAAAAGAAAACCUAAACCUUUUAAGAAAAUUUCGUACAGGUUAUGCUUUUUAUUAUAAAACCUUUUAUUAUAAUUUGUUUCAAGUGCCAUUAGAUUACAUAUAUGUAGGCCUUUGGUAUAAUGCUUUGUGUACAAAAUGGUAGACAUUGUAAUUUUAAACAGGUACAUUUUUACAGUGUUUUCUUAUCAAUUUGCUAUAUUGCACAGAACCAGUGUGUCUUUCUUAAGGGUUUUACAAUGGUUUUUACUAGGUUUACAUGUUUCAAACUACACUGUCUUCUACUGCCAUUUUAAAUACCAGUCAAAAACAAUUACGAGUUUGUCCUCACCGUUUGCAAACUGUGUCUUCUGGAGUUCUUGAUGGUAAACUUUGUCAAAAAUAUUUAACAUGCAGUAUUUGAUGCAGAAUUUUUUUAUCACAUCUUAUCAUCGCUAUGCUGCUGUCUGAAGUUAACUUUGGGCCUGAUCCUGCAUCCGUAAGUGGGGAUUCUGCAUCCUUUGUUAUGUCUGUCUCAUACACUGGUUUAGCAGCAUCUCCUGUAUUCUUCUCAGUCUAUAGAUAAGCCUCUGAAAUAUAUGUACUUAUCUGGUAUGUAGUAAACCAUUAUAGGCUUAGCUGCCCGUCCUGCUUCCCCCCAGUGUACAGUUUAAACCACAGCUUACUUAGCAUCAUGCUCAACUUACAAGUAAUGCCACAGUAGUUCAGAAUGUGUUGGGGUAGUCCCAAAGCUUUUAUGCAAUAAGGGUGUCUUACUUUUGUUGGAAGGCAGUGUCUUUUGAUAACAGUUAUCUAGCCCUGGAAGUGACACAGAACUAUUGCUAAUCAUAUGUAAACACUUUUCAGUAUAAGCUUCAGUGGUACAGUUGAACCAGAGUGAAUGUUUAUCUCCUCAGAAACACUCCUGCAAUAUUGUUAUAUUGGAUCAUGCUGCUAAUGUAACUUGGGAUACAACUCCUCUCAUGGUGCUACAAACCUCCCUGUCUCAUUCAGAUAUAUUUUUACCCAUAGAAAAAAAAGGACUAUACUAGACAUAUAGUUGUAUGAUAUAUUUUUAUACUGUGACUUAAUUUGUCAUUAAUGAACUUUGUGCAACACCACAAUGUAUUCAUAUGCACUUGCAAAAGUAAAAUUUUGGACAUGCAAAUUUAAAGGCAGACAAGCCCAGCUCUUGUUCACAAAAAUAGGUGACUGCUAGUUAAUGUUAAAUGUGGGCUUUUUAUAUGGUGUGGAGUGAAGAACAUACCAUAUGUUCCUAAAAGCCUUAGACAAAAACUGGGAAGAGUAUAUUGGUGAAUGAUGUCACACCCAAACCUGACUCGGAUUGCUGAAAUUAUAUUUUUAGCUAGUGGGAAAUUUGUUUGGACUUGUAUGCUAAAAUGUUUUUAAUGAUAAAAGUUUUGAGUUGAAAAAAAAAAAAUAGAGAAAAAAAACGAACACAGAAAACCCUGCAUUCCAGACUGAAUUUGUAUAUGUUUCUUGCAUUUAAAAUUUGCUAUCCUGUGAUAUGGGAAAUUGAGUUGCUUAUCAUGUAUAUGUACUUUAAAAUGUAUUCACAAACUACUGUUGUAUUUGUAUAAAAUAUAGACAAAAAGAUUGCAUAUAUAUUUUUGUGUAUAAGCUCUGUAAAAUAGCAAUCACGUUAUGAAGCUGCAGCAGAACUUCAUUUUAAACAUUCACAUCCAAAGAAACAGACUAUUUAUUGUCCACAUACCCUGAUUAUAAAAUAUACCUUGCUGCUAUUAAACAAUAGUGCUGCAGCUUCUUGUGGCCUACAGUGUUAUGUUUGCUGUACAAAAAUAUGUGAACUCCACAAAAUAUAUCAAUAAAAUUACAGAAUGGUUUUAGUUAAUGAAUAACUUAUGCCUGGCAUUUCACUAGAUAAUCUUGAUCUGCAUGUCUGGGAUUUCAAGAAGCAAUUACAGAGUACAUCCAGUUCUGCUGGGUGUAGUUUGCAAAGGCGUAACUGUCUUUAUCAUUUAUGACUGGUAAAAUGUCAGUUUUUCAGAAAAUCUUAGGGCACAAAUAUCUGCGUUUCAUGAUUUCACCAAGGAACAAAUGGGAUGACGCUACAGUGGCUGUGCCAAGACAGAUCUGAACUGAAGGAAGCAAUUGAGUUUGCCUUGAAAUUGCACUUUGAAACACUGAGACGCUGCAAGGUAGGUAUGGGGUGUCCAUAGUGGGAUCAUUCCUUUGGGACACAUAGGUGAGUGAUUCCCCAUCGUUUCAGAUUAAUCCAAGUCUCAUACAUUGUUUGUUGUAGUUUGCAGGACAAACUUCAAAGGCGUGGCGUGUGCUGGACACAGUAUGUGGGAUGUCUCUCUGCAGUAUUUCCAGGAGAAACUCAGUUGUUUUGAUCCCAUAGAUGUGUGUCUGGCCGUGGCACUGACUUCUGAAGACGCCAGGCUAAUGCCUGGGGAAGAGGUGCCUUGCAGCCAGACAAGCAGCCUGCACACAGCGGCAGAAAGUUACUUCUGCUCAUUCCACACAAGAGUUCCCUAGCAUAGACUGCUUGCCAGCAAAGGACUAGCAUUUCACAUUUCAUUGCUUUUCAGAACAUAUUUUGUUAACAUUUUUAGCACUGUCUGUGUUUGCCUGCUUUUGAGUUCUUCUCUUUUCUAAAUCUUGGGUUUUUAGGUUCCUUGCUGUAACCCAGUUGGAGAGGAAUGAUUGUUAGAAAGAGUUGUUGGCUUUCACCUUCUCCAUAUGCAGACAUCUUUCCUUUCUUGUGAUCUCUACCCCAUUCCUCUGAGCUGACUUUCCACUUCUGUGCCACAGGCUUCUAACUUGUUUGAGAGGGUUGGCCUUGUUAUAUUGAGAGUCAAAAGCUCAACACAUGCUCUGUGAUAUGAAAUACUCUGCAAAACAAUUUGUAACCACCCACAAACACAUACCCCACACACACCCCCUUGAGAGAAAACCACCCCAUUCACUGUUGCUGUCCUAGCUGGUCUCACCCACUAUUACUGAUUUAACAUAUCCUCCUUCCAAGCAGAUAACCUCUAGAAAUUCCAUCAGCCUCUGCAAUAAUCGGAAUGAGAUUGCACAGAUGGCAUCUGUAUGUUAUACAGAGCUCUCUUGAUGCAGUCCCUCCAGAAUUUCCUUGUUAAAUUCAGAGCCACAGACAUCUUCCCUUCUGUCUCUCCUGUAACCACUUCCUUGCAAAACUUGCAUAAGAAAGUACAGCAGAAUGGUUCUGUUGUAUCCUCUGUAGCUGGUCUCACUGUCCUCCAGGAGUGGAAGAGGAAUGCUAUUGUUUUCUUCUUCACCUUUCCUCAUUCUUUACACCUUUUCUUCCUUUCCACAUACAAGCAUGCCCUAGGAUGAAAGGGGUUUUUUUGACAGAGAAAUCCAGAACUGAUGUGGAGCUGCUGUGGAUGAGCAAGAACCAAGCAGCUACAUGCUGCUGAUUUUGCUGCUUUGCAAAUCAAAACAUUCUAUAAAAUUGAAUAGAAAUUAAGUUUUCCAAAGUGGCAGCUGCCGUAGUUCGCACAGCAAGGAUUGGUGAUCACACACAGGCAGCAGGUGGGAAGGCAAGAUAAACUCUGCUACAAAAUUUAGUCUGUAGUUAAUAGUUUGACAAGUAUAUUGGAAGAUUAACUGGUGCUUAUCAGUGUGAGCUGGCGCCUUUAGCAAAUAAACAGCAACAGUGUAUUUCUGUUUUGAACAACACUGGAGAUAAUGGUGUUGAAAAUGAUAGACCCCAACAGCAGUGUGUAGGUUGAAGUUCCUGCUCAUGUGCUAUAUCCCAAGUAAUUCAGUAUGAACUUUCUCUACUUUUAAUAAAGGUGUAACAGCUUGCCUAGUAUUUUUAUUUUUCUACAAAUUUAUUUAUUUAUUUAUUUAUUGUCAUGGUCUGCAUGUCGUCAAAUAAUGAACAUUUUCAGAGAAAUAAGUAUUUGUAAAAAAUAUAAUGAACAGUUCUGUUCUUCACUGUCAUCACAGCCGUGUCUCAUUUGGGGAUAUUUGUAUCACAAGAUCACCAGCUACAAAGCUAAUUGGCCUCAGAGGGGACUGAAGAGACAUCAGCUCUCAGCUGAGCAUUCUGAAAACAGGCCUAUGGUACUGCCUGCUGGGGCUGAGCUAGAAAUCAUUUGAAUUGAUCCCUUGAUAGUUUAACCUGUUUAGUGGGGCUGAUUCUCACUGUUGCACUGAACUGCCACGUACAGAGAAUGGUUUAGUGUCACUUUUGUAUGUCAGAUCUCUGCUUGACAUGUGUUAAGCAGAAAACCUGAAGAGCCACAGUUUUUAAAAAUCAAUACAUUGUUUCAGCUGUGGUGAAUGUUUGUGUGCACAUGUAUGAAUGCAUGCAUGUAUGCAUGGGAAAGUAAUCCAAGCUGGAAAAGUUGAUAAAUCUGUUUUGUUUUGUUUUCAUUUUGGUUUCCUUCAAAAUGUUUAAGUCUAAAGUGUUUGUGUUUUACAAGCCCAAAGUGAAUCAUAUAAUUUGUUAAGGUACCCCCAAGUUAAGACAGUGUGUGGUUUCCCAGGCAAGCUGGAAGGGCUUCUUCCAAUUACUUGAUUAAUCUAUGAGAGACAGCAGUUUAUCUAAAGGGUGCACAGAGUCCAAUGAGGAAGGUGUUUGUCAGCUGUCCUCAUGUAAUCCUAGAUAGAAUUUCAGCAGAAAAAUUCUAUAGGCUAUGCCUCUGAAAUUAAGCUCAACUCUGGCUUACUGGCUUUUGUGUUGUUACACACAUGGUCACAGGUAAAUCCUUAAAGUUCCUUCACAAGUACUUAUAUUGAAAAUAAAAAUAUAAUACCGGUUUAGUAUGGUUUAGGGGCUUGCCAUAAGUGAACAACAUCUGAGCUGUAACAUAAGACUACCAAAUAUCAAACAUUCAUGACAAAUAAACACAUACUAAAGUCCCAAAAUUUUUGAAGUCUCACCUGAAAAUUGUCUUUUUUUUUUUUUUUUGUCAAGUGUUUGACUCCUUACACCAAGGAAGUAUUACUGGGUUGCCCCAUAGUUUACCUGCUCUUUCUGCUUGGGCUGAAUUCAGUAGUAUUUUUACAAGAGGCUUCUGCUUACUCACUGAAAGCCGUGUGAUAAUUUACUUGAAUUGUAUGACCCAUUUUAAUGUUGGGCUUAAAACCUUUCGACUUAAGGCAACCUCUGAGAAUGUGCUGUGCCCCGCCAUAGUACCCAGGCCAUGACUUCAGAGCCACCAAAUUUAGCUGAUUGUCUUGCCUCUUCCCCUCUACAGCUCUCCAAAGAGGGAUGUUUGCAGAGAGCCACCACAUUUGCUAUGGCAGUGUAUUUAAUGUACAUCACAGAGCUGGGUGUGAUCUGUGUUAAAGGAUUAAGCUGCUGGGAGAGACUCACCCCUUUAUGCAUCAGUCGAGGCAUCAGCCUUAAAUCCAUGUAUCUGGCAAAGCAGCAGCCUCCCAGCGCUAGACCUAGCACUAACAUUUCCCCCUGGGCCCUUUGCUGUAGGUGAUUAAUUUUUCUUGUUAAGCAUUGAAGCUUUUUCCUCGUCCUUAAGCUACAAGUCUUAAAUUCCACCGCUAUAUUUGGCAUCUCCCUGUGACCCAGCAAAUCUUUACUCCAGGGGCAAGACUGCAAAACCAGUCAUGGACAAUUUGGCUGAAAAUACUGCAUAAGGUGCCUGCCAUGUGACAGCAGCCAACCUGCCAGGGUAGGUAUCUGUCUUUGCAUGGCCAGAAAAUGCUGCUGUGGGUGAGAGCCUGUAGUUUACAUUUCACUGUCUUUAUCCCUAAGUUUGGAUUCUUAUAGCUUGUCACAAGGUUCUCUUUUGAAAUUGUGGUAUAAAUCUACAGCAGCAGGUCUCAGAUUGUUAUUCCUGCUCCACCUUGGUCACUGAAACCCCUGUAAAUUAGCUGUGAAACCUCACCUGCCUUUCCAGUGCCUGCAGUUAAAACCUCUGUGUGUUCAGGUAAGGAGAGCCUUUGCAUCAUGCUCUUGAACACAUGGAGUGUGAAGGAAAAAAAGCAUCAAACAGCUGUUUGGCAAUGUGUGUUUGAAACUUGAUCUUAUUAUUUAUAAACUAGGGUUUAACCUUUUAAAAUGUUUAUUAUUGUUAUGUCUCAGCAGUAAAACAGCAUCACAGUUCUUACAGAUGUAUUUUUUCCUUGCAUUUGGGUUUACCUUUCCCUGCUUUAAUGAAAACUUGUUCGCAUUAGCGGUUCCAAGGUGUCAUUUUUCUCACCAAAACUGCCAAACUCUGAAACGUGAACUGGAUUCUUUUCUGGCUUGUUCUUGUAGGCAAAAAAAGAAGAAAAAAAAGAAGAAGGAAAAAAAAAAAAAGGUGGUUAAUCAGUGGCCUAUCUUCAGAGCAAGCCUGUGUAGGGACUGGCUCGAGACAAAGCUAUCGCUUACACCUGUGCAAUUGAUCAUAUCAGAAUUCCUUUGAGGCAACUCUGAAUAUCAUCUGAGGUCUAUGAGGUGUGACCAGAAGCAAUACAUAGAUGUGAAACUCUGUGCAUGAGGAGAAUAUAGGCUCAUCAACAAAUCCUAAACUGGGAUCAGAGGCACUAACAGUGAAAGGAGAAAAAAGAAAACUCUUGGUUUCAAACAGAGAAGAAAACCUCUCAGAAGUCACAAAGCUGUCUUGCUUUGAGUAGGACUGUAAUUUAAGUACUGAAGAGCUACAUUUGGCUCCUUUAGCAGGGUUACAAAGUAACAUAGUGGAAACACAAUGCUACCUCUGUAUUGUAAGGCAGUUCUUAGAAGCCUCUGGAUAGCCAAGCCUUCAAGGGAUUGUUACAUGGUACAACCACCAAAUGUACAAAGAAAUAAAGUAAUCAUUGAGGAGAAGUAUAUAACUAUACAUUCCUAAACUCUCCGAAGCCAGUUCCCAUCCCAAGCCCUGUCCUUCUCCUGUUUUAGAUAAAACUGGCUAUUAAUCACCAGAGUGAUGCACCUUGAUGAAAACAAAACUGGUGUUUGAUACGUGCCCAGUGUUGUGCUGGGUUAUAUCCAUGACAGGCCUUUAAGGCCCCUGGUAUAGAGGCUAACUUCUGUCCACUGACCAAACAAACAGCAGUGGUAACUAAGAGCAAUGGCAACCAAAGAGUUUCUGUAUUCCUGAUAUGCAAGUGAAAUGUGAAUGGGGGAACUGAGCGAGAUUCUGUAUUCCUUCUCAUCCAGAAGCACAGGCUAGGCCGGGCAGCUGGUGCAGCACUGGAUGCACAGGUACACUUUACUUGCAGAAAUCCAGCACACAAGCUUGGAACAAACCCAUUGCUGCUGCAGUUUAUUGCAGCUGUGACAUCUGUGACAUAUUGCAGCCAACAGGACACAGACUGUGUGCUUCCCUCCUGUCGCUUGUGAAAGUUCCUAUUGCGUUCUGUACUGAUGACUUCUGGCUCCUACAGCUUCCUUCUCCCUCAUGGAAAAGGCAGUGCGAUAGGAACUGUGGCUGGAGGCUGCUGAGGGUUGUCCUGGGGAAGGGUGGCUGGGAGGGAAGGGGCAGCAUGUCCCCAGCAGCCCUGCUCCCCUCUGCAGGUGGCUCACCCCAGCCUGCGGUAAUGUCGGAGCUGAACAGAGGUGUAAAGCUUAGCAUGGACGUCCUACACUGAUUGUAGCUCCUGGGAAGUCACUGGGACACUUCACCAGUGGAUUACAGGAAAAUAAUGUUCAUUAAGAAUAAAAGCCUGCUUGCAUUUAAAUCAGAUUUAAUCGUGCUCACAUUGAAAAACUCUGGAUGUUCCCUUGCUUUGGUCCUCAGCCAUAAGAUUGAGGCAGGACAGUAAGUUACACUGAGGCACUUUACAUCCCAAAGAAUGCACCUCUUGCUGUUCAAAAAUUCAGUGUAUUCCCCAAGAACAAUACAACAAUGUCUACCAUGGCAGGGCAAACCAGAAAGAUUUGUGACAGAAAAGGGUAACAAGAAAAUUAACUGAAACUAACAAAAGGACAGCUGACAGAUGUGGACAUGGAUUUUGCCAAUAAUAAUAUGGAAGGUCUGAUAUAUCCUUCUGAAUGUGAUUUCAGUCAAAGAAAUAUGGAAACAGUCUUAAUCCUGACUAUUUUAUGGCCAUAUGAUUGUAUUGCUGUUUUAUAGCAUUCACAAUCAUCAGAGGCUGCUAGAGUUGUCAGCUUCACAGGUCUAUGCUCAGUCUUUUCAUCCACACAUCCUUCUCCCUGUGCCUCUCCACACCCAACUUUCCCUUUGAACUUCACUGCCACCAUAACCUGGUGAAAACAGGCUUGCAGAAUUCUGAGCAGAAAUGUCUUUCUGGUGCUUUUAUAUCCUGUAUGGCACAGAAGCCUGCUGAAGAAUUGGAGCCCUACUAGCA